AAAGCAGCUUUGCAGAACUCCCCUACGCUGUUCGGCCAGGCUCUGGCCAAAGACCUGGAGGAGUGGAAUACUCCGGACGGGAUUCUCCUCCUGCAGUAUGUUGACGACCUGUUAAUAGGGGCGGUGGGAUUAACCCCUUGCCUCCACGCCACUGUGAGCCUCCUGAACUUUGUUGGACUCAGAGGAUACCGGGUAGCUCAGAGCAAGGCUCAAAUUGCCCUCUCAGAAGUACAGUACUUAGGAUUUCACAUAAGACAGGGGGAGAGACAGCUUUCAAAUGAAAGAAAAGGAGUAGCCCUGGGAGUGCUUACUCAAUUAUUAGGCACUUGGAAACGUCCUGUGGCAUAUUUCUCUAAACAACUGGAUCAAGUUGCCAAGGGGUGGCCAGCUUGCUUGCGAGCUGUCGCGGCAACUGCCCUAGUGCUUGGUGAAGCAGAGAAACUGACUUUGGGGGGGACUGUGCAGGUGUAUACCCCUCAUAUGGUUCAAGCCCUGCUGGACACUAAGGGUGGUCUCUGGCUCACGCAGGCUCGGGUAGCUCGGUACCAGGCUAAACUCCUAGAAAAUCCUGAAGUUACCCUGCAGACCUGCCCCUCCCUCAACCCAGCCACUAUGUUACCAGAAACAGAGGAGCAGGAACAUGACUGUUUAGAAAUCAUAGAUGCCCAGUACUCCAGCCGUCCAGAUUUAAAAGAUCAACCGCUCUCAAAUGCAGACUGUGAAUGGUAUACUGAUGGGAGCAGUGCUGUCAUAGAUGGGCAGAGGAGGGCAGGCUAUGCUGUUGUGACCCUCUACGAUACAGUGGAAGCAGAGAGUUUACCUGCUGGAACAUCUGCCCAACUUGCUGAACUUGUAGCAUUAACCCGUGCACUUGAACUGGCAAAAGACAAACGGGUUAAUAUUUUUACUGACUCAAAAUAUGCUUUUGGGGUAUUGCAUGCUCAUGCAGGUCUGUGGAAACAAAGGGGAAUGCUUACAGCUCAGGGGUCCCCGGUCAAGCAUGGGACACAGAUUCUCCGGCUUCUGGAAGCGGUGCAGCUCCCCUCAGAGGUAGCAGUGGUGCACUGCAAAGCUCAUCAACGAGAAGACCAGGACGUAGCCAAGGGCAACGCCAGGGCCGACAGGGAAGCCAAGCGGGCUGCCACCCUGGAACCAUUGGAAGCUGAGGAGGCCCAUGUGCAUGCCCUCAUCCCAUCAGUGGGUGAGCUCCCAGCCCCUCAGUACUCUCGAGAAGAAAGGAAUCUGGCCGACUCCCUUGGGCUCCAG